UUGUCUUAGAAGAAGUGCGGUCUUAUUCAAAAGUAAUGGAGCAAAUGAAGAUUAAUCUUCAUCCAAGGCAGAUUUGUAUCAUUGCAUCAACCAGGAAACAGUUGAAUCAUAUCAGAGACAUGGCAAAUAAGUAUAAAGAGUAUGAGGCUGUAAGAAAAGUUAGUUUCAAACCUUCCUUCAUGAUACAAGGUCAUGAGUUUCAGGCUAUUUUCUUAAGCCUGUUUGAGCCAAUAGAAAAUGAUGAAUUGAAUGCCUUUUAUGUCAAGAGUUUAUUCAAUCCUUUUGUCUUUAAUACUGUAAUCACGAGGGCCAAAUUUCGAGUAGUUGCGGUUGGAAGACUAAAUGAGGUUCAACAAUUUGAAAAUGACACACUUUCUCAUCCUUGUCGAAGUGAUAACACAGUAAAAUGCUGGCAUGAAUACCUAUCCUUGUGUAGAAGACAAGGAACUCUGCACAAUGAAAAUAUUGGCGACAGAGCAGAAGCUUCUAUACCUAAUUUGGAACCAAAUGUAUUGCCACAGAUUGAUACUAGAGGAGGUGGAGAGAUAACUCUACUAAAGAAAAAAUUAAAGUGCGAAGUUCAAGAGGUAGAACAAGCCUCAGUAAAAUUUCAAGGUAGUUUUUCUGAGUUUGUGUCAGGUAAAAGACGAGGAAUUAAAAAGAACAAUACUAGAUCAACACAAACAGAAAUUUUAGAAGAGAAAUUUGCUUUGAUUGAGUUCAAUCUAGAAGAAUUGGAAAAAGAAAAAUUAGAUGUGCUAGAAGAACUGAAGGGAGUUAAAUUAAUAUCAGCAAAAAAAGAUAUGCAGAUAGAAGAUUUGAAAAAUGAAAAUUCAAAAGUAUUGAAAGAAUUAAUGUCAAAGAAAGAUGAAGUUGCUGCAUUGGAAACUAAAUUGUCAAUGAGGCAAUACCAAAAAAUAAAGUGUAAGCUUUAA